AUGGCGUUUAACAACAACGAGAUCGUCCAGGCUUGGGUGGCACCAGAUCCAUCGCCACUCUCGACAAGCGUCGAGUACAUGACGUACAAGCAACUGACCCCGGAAGAAAAAGAGCGGGUUCACCAGAUGGAAGCCGAACAGAAUGGCAUCGAGCGGCCGCAAGGCUACACCGUCUCCUUCCACUACAACCCAGAGGUGGAGCAGCACCACUUUGGCAGCAAGCACCCCAUGAAGCCAUGGCGGCUACAGCUGACCAAGCAGCUGGUCUUUGGAUACGGCCUUCACUACGCCAUGGACCUGAACGAGUCGCUACCAGCCACCAAGGACGCAAUCUCUCGCUUUCAUGACAACGACUACCUCGACUUCCUGCAGUACAUCAAAUCCGACACCGAAACCCAAAAACGCCACGAGGAGGAGCUUAACCGCUACGACUUCACUGACGAGUUUAAUGAUUGCCCCAUCUUCGAUGGCAUCUGGGACUACGUGACGCUUUACACCGGCGCCACGCUGGAAGCCGCACACGCGGUGAGCAGUAGACAGAGCGACAUCGCCAUCAGCUGGUCUGGCGGCUUGCAUCAUGCGAAAAAACGCCAGGCCUCUGGUUUCUGCUACGUCAACGACAUCGUGCUUGCCAUCCAACAUCUACUUGAGAAGCACGUCCGCGUCUUGUACAUCGACAUCGACGUGCACCACGGCGACGGCGUCGAGGCCGCCUUUUUCAACACCGACCGCGUCAUGACUCUGUCGUACCACAAGUAUGGCGAAUUUUUCCCCGGCACUGGCGGACCCGACGAUUCAGGCCCCAAGGGCUACUCCGAACCCGGGGCAUAUUUUUCGCUAAACGUGCCGUUGGACGACGGCAUCGACGACCGCGACUACGAGUGGCUCUUCAAGCGCAUCACCGGCCGCACCGUUGAAAUCUUCAAACCGGAAGCCAUCGUGCUGCAGUGCGGUGCCGACAGCCUGGGCGGCGACCGUCUUGGGAAAUUCAACCUCAACAUCCGCGCCCAUGGCAAGUGCGUAGAGUAUGUCAAAUCCUUCCGUCUGCCCUUGCUGAUCUUGGGCGGCGGCGGCUACACGCCCCGCAACGUUGCCCGCGCCUGGUGCCACGAAACGGCGCUGAGCGUCGAGGCCGAGCUCCACGACGACCUUCCGACAUUCGUCCCCUACAGACAAGCGUUCGAGGGCGUCGGGAACGGCAAUGGCUUGCUAUAUCCCGAGCUCAACAGCAAAAGGCUGUCACACCCCAAAGGCUACGAGCGCAAGGACCUCGAGAACACGGUGGCCCGCUGUGAGGAACAGCUGCGUUGCAUACAGGCCCACCCGGUCGUCGGCAUGAAGCGUUACCCGAAGCUCAACGAAGUCCUGCGCGCACGGAAGGAGAUCGAUCACGAGAUAAAAGAGGAGAUAGAGGAUCGCGGGUACCAAGAUGAGGCCAAGAGGAGACGCCUAGAGAGAAACACAGGCGCAAAGCGGGAGUUCAGGUAA